CGCCACGCAGGAUGGCCCGCACGAAGCAGACCGCCCGCAAGUCCACUGGAGGCAAAGCCCCGCGCAAGCAAUUGGCCACGAAGGCAGCCCGAAAGAGCAUGCCAGCCACCGGGGGCGUGAAGAAGCCCCAUCGCUACCGCCCUGGUACCGUUGCGCUCCGAGAAAUCCGCCGAUACCAGAAGUCCACCGACCUCUUGAUCCGCAAACUGCCCUUCCAGCGACUGGUGCGUGAGAUCGCCCAAGACUACAAGACCGACUUGCGCUUCCAAACUACUGCUAUCUUGGCGCUCCAAGAAGCUGCUGAAGCCUACUUGGUGAGCCUCUUCGAGGACACAAACCUCUGUGCUAUCCACGCCAAGCGCGUGACGAUCAUGCCCAAAGACAUCCACUUGGCUCGCCGCAUCCGUGGCGAACGUACCUAAACUCCCUCGACAUGGCCCAUGUAUUUCUUUAAUCACGACUUGUAUAGCAGAACACUCGAGAAUUUUCGUACA